GGGUGGGGCGGGAGGAGGCGGGAGUCGCGGCUGCUCGCGGUGCACCUGAGAGCCGACGCUCGGGUCUUCGAAGCUGCGCCCGCCGCGGUCCCCGCCGCCAUGAACCGCUUCAAGGUGUCCAAGUUCCGGCAUACGGAAGCUCGGCCGCCCCGCCGCGAGACCUGGAUCAGUGACAUUCGAGCAGGAACUGUCCCCUCAUGUGGGAACCAUAUCAAAGCCAGCUGCAGCUUAAUUGCAUUCAACUCUGACCGUCCAGAACUAAGAAUUCCAGAGGCUUCAGGCAGAGCUGUAUCUCACUGUAUCCUGAUCUCUCUCCCUGUUCCUCAGCUCUGCUGCCCUUGGGUGAGGGCUUCUUUCUCAGGCGUGCUGGGCAUCGUGCCUCUGGAAGGCCAGGGAGAGGACAAGAGACAUGUGACCCACCUGGGCUGCCAUUCAGACCUGGUCACGGACUUGGACUUCUCUCCCUUUGAUGACUUCCUCCUGGCCACGGCCUCAGCCGACAGGACGAUGAAACUCUGGCGACUGCCUGCCCCUGGCAGGGCACUGCCCUCAGAGCCUGGGCUGGUGCUGGGCCCUGAGGACGUCCAGGUGGAGGUGCUGCAGUUCCACCCCACCGCAGAUGGCGUCCUGGUGAGCGCGGCGGGCAAGACCGUGAAGGUCUGGGAUGCCGCCAAGCAGCAGCCCCUCACAGAGCUGGCGGCCCACGGGGACCUGGUGCAGGGUGCCACCUGGAGCCGGGACGGAGCCCUGGUGGGCACAACAUGUAAGGACAAGCAGUUGCGCAUCUUUGACCCCAGAGCCAAGCCCGAGGCCUCCCAGAGCACGUGGGCCCAUGAGAACAGCAGGGAUGGCCGGCUGGUGUGGACAGGCAUCCAGGAGCACCUUGUGUCCACCGGUUUCAACAAGAUGCAUGAGCGUGAAGUGAAGCUCUGGGACACCCGGCUCUUCUCCAGCGCCUGCACCUCCCUCACCCUGGACACCUCUCCCAGGUCUCUGAUGCCCCUGCUGGAUCCAGACUCCAGGCUCCUGGUCCUGGCGGGAAAGGGCGAGAGUCAGCUGUACUGCUAUGAGGUGGCCCCCGAGCAGCCGGCACUGAGCCCAGUGACCCAGUGCCUCCUGGAGAGCGUGCUGCAGGGGGUGGCCCUCGUGCCCCGGCGAGCACUGGCCGUCAUGGGCUGCGAGGUGCUUCGCGUCCUGCAGCUGAGCGACACAGCCGUCGUGCCCAUCAGCUACCACGUGCCCCGCAAGGCUGUGGAGUUCCACGAGGACCUGUUCCCGGACACUGCAGGCUGUGUGCCCGCCUCCGACCCCCAUGCCUGGUGGGCUGGUAGCAACCAACAGGUGCAGAGGGUCAGCCUCCACCCAGCCUGCCGACCCCACCCCAGCUUCACUUCCCAUCUGGUACCCCCUGCAGAGCCCACCCUGGAAGAGGCCCAGCCUACAGAGACACCUGUGGGUGAUGCGGACCCCAGCGAGGGCUUCUCCUCCCCUCCCAGCUGGCUGACCUCACCCUCCACGCCCUCCAGCCUGGGGCCCUCGCUCUCCAGCACCAGUGGCAUCAGCACCAGCCCCAGCCAGAGGUCCCUGCAAAGCCUGCUGGGCCCCAGUUCCAAGUUCCGGCACGCUCAGGGCACCGUCCUGCACCGAGACAGCCACAUCACCAACCUCAAGGGGCUCAACCUCACCACGCCUGGCGAGAGCGACGGCUUCUGUGCCAACUGGCAGCGUGUGGCCAUGCCCCUGCUCAGCAGUGGUGGGCAGGUGGCCGUGCUCGAGCUGCGGAAGCCCGGCCGUCUGCCCGACACAGCACUGCCCACUCUGCAGAAUGGGGCAGCCGUGACCGAUCUGGCCUGGGACCCCUUUGAUCCCCACCACCUCGCUGUGGCUGGGGAGGAUGCCAGGAUCCGACUGUGGCGGGUGCCCCCAGAGGGCCUUGAGGAGGUGCUCACCAUGCCUGAGGCCGUGCUUACAGGCCACAGGGAGAAGAUCUAUUCUCUGCGCUUCCACCCGCUGGCAGCUGACGUGCUGGCCUCCUCUUCCUAUGACCUUACCAUUCGGAUCUGGGACCUUAAGGCUGGAGCAGAGCGGCUGAGGCUGCAGGGCCACCGGGAUCAGAUCUUUGGCCUGGCCUGGAGUCCUGAUGGGCGGCAGCUGGCCACUGUCUGCAAGGAUGGGCACUUGCGGAUCUACGAGCCCCGGGGUAGCCCUGAGCCCCUGCAGGAAGGCCCAGGGCCUGAGGGGGCCCGUGGAGCCCGCAUUGUCUGGGUGUGUGAUGGUCACUGUCUCCUGGUGUCUGGCUUUGACAGCCGAAGUGAGCGCCAGCUACUCCUGUACUCGGCUGAGGCCCUGGCCAGUGGCCCCUUGGCAGUGCUGGGGCUGGAUGUGGCUCCCUCGACCCUGCUGCCCAGCUAUGACCCAGAUACCCGCCUGGUGCUGCUCACGGGCAAGGGUGACACCCGCGUGUUCCUGUAUGAGCUGCUCCCCGAGGCCCCCUUCUUCCUGGAGUGCAACAGCUUCACAUCACCUGACCCCCACAAGGGCUUCAUUCUCCUGCCCAAGACGGAGUGUGACGUGCGGGAGGUGGAGUUUGCCCGAUGCCUGCGACUUCGCCAGACCUCCCUGGAGCCUGUCACCUUCCGGCUGCCCCGAGUCAGGAAAGAAUUCUUCCAGGAUGACGUGUUCCCAGACACCGCAGUGAGCUGGGAGCCGGUGCUCAGCGCUGAGGCCUGGCUGGGAGGCGCUAACGGGCAGCCCCGGCUUCUUAGCCUGCAGCCCCCUGACAUGACCCCAGUGAGCCAGGCCCCCCGUGAAGGCCCAGCCCGGCGGGCCCUAUCCUCAGCACUCUACCUGGAAGAGAAGUCGGACCAGCAGAAGAAGGAAGAGCUGCUGAGUGCCAUGGUGGCAAAGCUGGGGAACCGGGUGGACCCGCUCCCACAGGACUCCUUUGAAGGUGUGGACGAGGACGAGUGGGACUAGCCUGCCCACCAGCCACCUCUAGCCUCACCUGCCACUGCUGCCUCCUUGAACCACCUGGUGCCCCUUCACACCUCACGUCUCACCUUCAAACUGGAAGCCACCUCUUGGCCGGGGCACACCUCACCCCAGAAGGCCUGGCUUUCUUUGGGUCUUGGGCAUUUCCGUAGCCUCUGGGCCCUGCUGCAACCCCCAUGGAUUGUCUGCAUCUCUGCAUUUUCUGGGACCAGCUGCUUCUCCUCAGCUGCCUGCUAGCAUGUGGAGCCAGGGGCAUGGGGGUGGGGUGGGCGUGAGGGCUCAGUGGCAUGUCCCUGGGCAGCCGUUGGGCUCCCUGUCCCCUCUACUCUGACCUGGGCUGGUCCCAGCUUGGGCUGGCUUCGCCCAGCACCUUGUUAUCACAUGCCGUCCUAUCUUGCCUGCUGCUCCAGUUCUGGUCAAGGGCCUAGGGGGCUGGCCCUCCACCAGGCCGUUUGGAGCAGCACCAGCCUCAGGGGCCUGGGACCAGUAGCCCUGCUCCCCAAACUUGAAGCCAGGAGGAAUGGGCAUCACAGAGCUGAUAGCCCAACGAAGGGGGUGUGAGCCCCGCAGGGACUAGCCUGCACGUACCCUGGAUGUUUUUAGCAAUUAAACUUUUCUAAGCUGGC